GUGACGAGACAACUAUAUUCGAAACAUAUAUAGUUCCCUCAAAGUGGACAGAUUGUUAAUUUACCUGAAGAUGUCACCGCCACCGAUCUAUGCAAAUUUGGGCAGCAGUGCUCGCAGCUUACUAAAUUGGCGCUAUCAUUCAGGUCUGUGGCAACUGGACUGCAGCACGAUGACAAAUUCGGGCAUGGAAUUCCUAACAACUGGCUUUGCCAAUCAGGAUGCCAGCAAGGUGUUUGGCUCUUUCCAGAACAAGCUAAAUAUCUAUAAUUAUGGGAUUACACUCACCAAAGGGUGGAAUACCGAUAAUCAGCUCUUUGGCGAGAUCAAACAACGUAACAAUAUAGUUGAGGGAUUAAUGCUCAAAUUGGAGGGUCGUCUACAGCCCUCAACUGGCAGCAAGGAUGGAGCUUUUUCAGCUGGUUAUGAGGGCAAUGAUCAUACCAUAUUGGGCAAAAUAGAGAUUAAGAAUAAUCCCGUGUUGAGCCUGUCGCUGGUGUUGCGUGAUAAUGAAUUUCUGGGCGGUGUUGCUUGCGACUAUGAUUUAAGUGCUGACGGCGGGGGAAUGUCUUUGAAAGGGGCUUUGGGCUGGUCGGAUGCUUUAACAUCGCUCCACGUCGAACUGCUAAAUAAUGAGAGCCUUUUAUUCUCACUUUUUCACAAGUUUAACCACCGAUUUUUCACCGCCAUUCAGAUCGAUAAUGUAUCUGAAGGGCGCCAUCUGAAUAUGGACUUGGGCAUGACCUAUCAGUUGUCAGGCUACGAGAAUCAACUGCGACCGGGUAUAACCUGGUCCAUUUCGAGCAUACUCGAUGGAAAGAAUCUCAAUGAUGGCAAUCACAAGUUUGGCGUUGGUUUAUCCUUGGCGUGUUAAUAAAGUAAUGUUGUACCAAGUCCAAGCACAACUAGCUGACUACAGAUCUACGAUUUCAAUAUAUAGAAGUACUAUAUAAUUAUACCCAAAAGUCUGGCGAUUAUUUUUCUGAGUGCAAUAAAAACUGCUAUU